GGGGGGGCGGGGCGGCGGGGCCGUUGGCGGGCGGCGCGCGUGCGCGGGAGCGGCUGGCGCAGCCACCACGGCGGAGAGCGGGCGGCGGCGCGCGGCGGGGCCGGCACGGGCACAGCGGCGGCGGCGCCAUGAGGCCCGGGCAGGGGCACCGAGAUGUGCAGAGGAGUGAAUGGCCCAUGUUGUGUUAGUGCCUGUCUGCCAUGCUGGCCUGUCUGCCAGGACCAGGCGACCUCUCCUUUCAGCUUCUUUCUUACACGCAGAUGAACACUGGACUUCAGAAAUGGGACACUACACAGAAAAUGAGAUCUGCACAGUAUCCUACCCCAGCAGAAUUGGAUGCUUAUGCUAAGAAGGUCGCCAACAACCCACUGACUAUAAAAAUUUUUCCAAACAGUGUCAAGGUUCCCCAGAGGAAACACAUACGCCGUACUGUGAACGGACUUGAUACUUCGGGCCAGAGGUACAGUCCCUACCCGUCUCAGGCCACCACGAAAACAGGCCUCCUGGCGAUAGUCAAAUCUCCAGCGAAAGGCAUUAUCAAAGACUUUGACGGGACCCGCACGCGCCUGCUGCCGGAAGCGAUGAUGAACCCCCCGUCCACGCCGUACGUUGCACCAAGCACUUUAACCCACCACCCCCAGGCGCUUGCUCGCCAGCAGGCUCUCCAGCACGCACAGACUUUGCCGCACCCCCAGAGCAUCCCGCAGCCACAGACUUUGCAGCACCCUCAGGGGAUACCCCAGCCACAAAGCUUACCGCACCCUCAGGGGAUACCGCAGGCGCUGCCGCACCCUCAGAACAUGCAGCAGCCGCAGGGCUUGCAGCACCCGCAGCCCAUGGCACACCAGACUCUGCAGCACCCCCCGAAUCCUUUGCUGCAGCCGGGUUUACAUGGAAGCAGAAAGAUGCCGGAUGCAGACGCGCCGCCGAAUGUGACCGUGUCUACCUCAACCAUUCCCCUCUCUAUGGCUGCCACCCUGCAGCAGAACCAGCCACCGGACCUGAGCAGCAUUGUGCACCAGAUUAACCAGUUCUGCCAGGCCAGAGCUGGCAUUAGCACUACCUCAGUCUGUGAGGGACAGAUCGCAAACCCCAGCCCUAUAAGUCGCAACCUGCUUAUCAAUGCAAGUACCAGGGUAUCUACUCACAAUGUCCCUACACCCAUGCCUUCCUGUGUAGUGAACCCUGUAGAUCAUGCUGCUGCUGCUAUCCCUCCUGCCUCUGUUAACGUGCCCAUGGUGAAUAUUAACAGAGUGCCGCCCGCCUACCAGAACGAAAUCAAAUCGGUCGCGUGGAACCAGCACCAGCUUGCGCAUCUGCAGCAAAUGUGCGGGGAUGCUGCUGGGCCCACCGCGCUGGCGGGGAAAGCCCCUCCGAGGGAGAUGGCGGGGCAGAGUUUUCCUGGCAAAACCUCCACCUACCCUCAAGAACUGUGUAUGGGCCAGUCCUUCAGCUUGAAGCCCCCCAUGGAGAAGCCCACACCUUCUCCGCCCGUGAACGGGUUGCAGGGACCUUUGCCAUACACCAACGGGCACUAUUUCCAGCCCAUCUGGAAUAACAUUCUGCCCACGCCCAACAGUGACAGCUCUGGGUCCCAGGACCUCGCCAUGCCUUUCCACGGGGGACAGCCAGCGGGAGCACCGCUCGAUUGUGCAGGAGGAACUCAUUACAGAGCUGGAGCUGGCCCAUCCAGCCAGAAUAAUGUGAUGCAGACCAUGGAUUACCUAAGCGGGGACUACCAGCAGUCCUGCUUCAGAGAUCAGAGCAUGGCCGUGCUGGGAAAAGUCCAUCGGCCUCCCAUGAACCGAGCACCUGAACCAACUGAUAGUCGAAAUCUUCAUAUUCAACACCCAGGGUAUAGAUAGGCUGCAGUCACUUUCACAGACAAAAAAUUAUAGGUUUAGUCUUAAUUUUAAUUAAUAAGCAAGGCGUUUUUAACUUGCAAACUUGUGUGAUCAUUAUAGUAACCAUUGGAAGAAGACAUACUGUAUAUUUAAAAGCUUUGCUUACAUGUUAUCUAUCUCCUUUAUGCAUCAAAUAUUUAACAUGCCUUUUGUUUCAAAGAAUUUCAUUACACUACUUCACGCCACAGCUGUUUCCUCACCGCAGAAUCCCCUUUGUGCAGCUCUUGCCUUCUGCUUAGCAGCUCCUUGCCGGACUGAUGUUGAGUUGCUGCAGGGUUUCGCAGUUGCAUCUGUUCGCCGGCUCCAUCAAGAGCGAGGUAGCGUAGCUGCUUAAAUUUCCAUCUCAAUUUCCUCUGAAGAUUAAGAGCAACAGAAUUUGUCAGGAAGCGGGGCUUAUUUUCAGCUCGAAAGCCCGUUUCAUUAAUGCAUUAAACAUUGACCAUUUGCACUGUCUAGAGGCCUAUUUAAUUGAAAGAGAAGCCUACGUUUGAAAAGAGCUAGCUAGGGGUAUGUAUUUAGGCAUUGAUAUAGGAAGAAGCUUUUCAACUAUUUCAUGCCGAGACGCCCACGUUUUUAUCCUUUAGACUUUGUCCAAAGUCAAAAGUCUCUGGCAGAUGAUUUGGACACGUUUUUAUUUGCAGACAGGGUAUGGAGGAGGGGGGAAUGGCAGUUUUAAGGUGCAGGCAGCGUAGCUGCUUUGUUUUCUGCGUUGUAUUUCCCUUCCCCGCUCUCCUUUCGCCAACCUAAGAGCCGACUUUGUCUGAACCCCUUGCUGCUAGGAGUCUGGCCGUCCCAACGCGAAGGGAAUCCAGACCCACUGACAACUCCAAAAAGGGUUCAGCCGCUUCUCCGGUAGCUAGAAUUUAAUUUCAGGGCGAGGAGACGUAACUCGAGCUCGUCUCCGGUGCAACGAGUGGUUUUCGCCAGGAUGGGAGGCCCUUGAUGUGAAGCGAAGCUCCGCUCACGAGCCACUGCGGGACCAACGGUCCCGUGUUCCUCUCCAUCAAAACGCCACAGCAGGUUUAACGGAACAAUUCUCCUCUCUGGGAAUUAGCGGGGCUGGUUUUAGCGUCCCUUUUUCCCGGGGUCUCGGUGCCUAAACUCCUUCUGUUCCUUUUCCAUGUCACUUCCUAGUCGAGUCAGUGACCGCAGGACACUAACUAUUGAGUAACCUCAGCGUCUUGUUCUCCUCAGCGUACCGGAACGUCCCUUUUCCUUUCUAACAGCCAAAUUUGUUGUAAGUAGAAAAUUUCUCAUCUCUGUUAAUGAGACUAAUACUUGAACAUAAUGAUCACAAUCAAGUUUGGAAAUUAAAAAAAAAAAAAAAAUUAAUAAUAAUAAUUAAAAAGAAAGCAUUGAUUCUUUAUAUGUACACUGGCUAAAAAUAUUGCUCUACACUGUAACUUUUAAGUGUAAUAUUUCUGUAUGAAUGUCGCCUGGUAGUGUGGGUUUGAGUAGCAUUGUGUAUGGGUGAACCCACUGGCCUCCGCCAUCCACUGGCCUCCCUCACAGCCCUUGGAAGAAACAAAGCCUUAAGUAUUUGCUCCUUGAAAUUUCCUUAACGAGCAUGGUUUAAAAUCUUAAAGACAUCAUACGAAAUUAAAAAAAAAAAUAUAAAAAAAAAAGAAGUUUUGGAGUGACGUCAUAGUUGGCUAGAGAUCCUUCAAAGUUUUUCGUAAAUGGAAAAAUUAGACAACAUUUAUUUGUAUUUUUUUAAUUUAGAUGUGUAGUCCUGGGCUGUAACAAAUAUUUAGGUUUCCAAGCUUAGCAGAGUACGUUUUCUGACUCCUCGCGUAAGUUAGUACACUUAUAUCAUGUCAUUAUUUAAAUUCUUUUAAGUGUACUAUAAACCGUUCUUUAGUGGUAACUCUUUAGCAAAGUUAAGCAAUUUGACUAAAGACGGAUUAAAUUAUGUGUUGGCUUGUGUUGCCUUAUAUUUAAAAAGGAAAAAAAUUGCCUGAUUGUGUUAUGCCAAAUGAUAGCAACAUGAAGUCCUAAUUUAUUGUUUAUAAUCGUAUUCCUGCAGUCUUUGUGAAAACUGGUAAAUAUACAUCUAUGAAAGAACUAAAACCCUGAGGCUUUUCAUGCAAUAUUUGUCAGAACACGUUCUAUUGGGACCCGCGGCUCAGUCUGAAGCCGCUUCCCUUCCCUUCCCCUCCCAUCGUCUUCCCCGUCUCCUCCCAAACCCACCCAGGGCUGUGCGAUGACUUUACCCUUCCCUGCGAGUUCCUGUAAGGUGUUCUGCUACCUGAACACCUGCCUUUUUACUAAAUAAAAUACUGGCAUCUCCUCUGUUCACUAGCCUGCUGCAAAUCUCAACCCAGACUGUUAUUAAAAACUGAUUUUCUUGGUGGUUUUUCCUCCUGCUCUUCUCCUGCGAGGCCGAGUCGAGUCCCGUGUUGUGGUGUUGGUUUCGGUGCUGGGAGGCGUUGGGCUGCGAUGGCAGCAGCUGUUGGGGGUUCCACAACCUCUGAGACUUUGUCCCAGCCAGGAUCAGGGAGCAAAAAUACUCCCGCAACUCAUCCAGGUGGGACAUGGCUUGAAAAAUAGGAAUCAUUUUACUUUUUAAAAUAUACUGAAAUAUUUCCUGUUGUUCUAGGAGUGAGAUUUUCUUUAAGCCAACCCUUUUCACCCCGGCAGCAGCAGCCUGGUGCUGAUGGGCUCUCCUCCCAUCUUCUUUAAAGAGAAGCACGCUGACCUGCCCCAUUCCCAGGUACAGCUUUUGGGAGCAAACACCGAAUAUGCGGCGUGGGGAUCCAGACAUGUCCCUGUCCCUCCCCGAGGGGACAAAGGGAGCAGCAGAAGAGGCACAAGCCUCAGCUAUUCACGCUGCCUCAUCAGCACUGAAAUCUGUUCCCUUUACGCUACCACACUGAUUUAGCAGAGUAUUAUUUAAUAGUUCUUUUUGGCAACCCCCUUGCCAGGCGGAGAGGGACAUUAGAUCCGAGGAAUGAUAAACAUGGAAGUGGCGAAGACCCUUCCACGAGGAACCUUCCGUCUGACAUGUCUUGUCUUUCCAGCAGAAGCUUUGAAGCUGUUAAAUCGCAAGCCUGGUUUGUUACAGCCCAAAGUUAACGUUUUAUAAAGGUGCUUUGUGAAUUUGCUUUGUGAAAGGUGUCUCCGUGGGACUCGGCCGCUCCCGUAGAAACCAAACAGAAACGUUUGCUGGGCAGAGAACUGGGAAUUGCUGCUGUAUUUCAUUAAACCACAAACUUAUUAUAAAUGGUGCUGCUUAUGUGCUACGGGUAUGAAAGAGAGACCUCGUCCCUCUGCCCUCCUGCUGGUUCCGUCUCAGGCUGGUGUGGCCGUGGGCAGCAGGACAGGGAGAAGGGGGUGUGUCCCAAAGGGAAUUUGGGGAAGGGUCCCCAUGGGUUUGUGGGGUACAAAUGUGUUGGGUGCAGCCUGGCUGCUCUUCUGCAACUAGGGGAGGGAAACAGCAAAAAUCUCAGAGCCAGAGAAGUGCUGAAAUAAUUAAAAAGAGGAGUCGAGGUUUAAGUCUUGUCAAGGUGAAUUCGGAGACAUUCGUGACCCCGUUUGCGAGGAUUAGGGCUGUCCUGUGUUCUGCUCUCCCUGGCCAGGAGAGAAACAUCUCGGGGAGACACAGGGCUGCUCCGAAAGCUGGACCUGCUGCCCUUCAGAGUGUGUGUGGUAAACCCGGAGUUUUACUUAAUAAUGUAACACUAAAUAUUUUGAAGGGGAUUCAUAACAUUUGUAGACCCUUUCCGGAAGACAGGAGGUGUGGGGGUUUUCUCUCCUUUCCAGUGACGAUACAUCUGGUGUUGGGGAUGAACUGUGCGAUUUCAUCUCUAAGAACAACACAACUCAAACCCCAUCUCUGCGCUCGCUGCAAACAUCCGAGUGUGAAAAACAAGCAAACUAAUCCCUUCUGUGCUGUUCCCCAAUACUAAGAAGCAUACUUAGUUCCAACAUGCUUUUCCAGGAAUUUGGGCUAAACAGGCGGCUUAGCCCAGCUAAGCUCAGCUGGGACGGGCUGUCUCUGCCCGGCCUCGUCCCUUUGCCGGAGCUCCUGCAGUACCUGGUGUCUUUGUCCCCAACAAGAGGAAUCGCUUCUGCAAAGCCUCUUUGGGAAACUGCUCGGACCUGUUUACCAGAGCGAAGCUCUAGUGCCAUAAUGAGCCUGUGGGGACUUCGGCAGCACCGAGGAGUCACCUGCAGCCACAACUAAGCUGAAGGCUGAUGGCAGAGUAAGAUUCAACCCUUUGAAACAUCUCCUUUAGGGCUAAAUAGUUUUGUUUUGCUUUUUUCUAAAGGUUUAAUUCCUGUGUUUGAUCUUUGCCUCCUACACCGAGCUCGCCGUACCCCUGUAGAUGCUGGGAGAAUGCGAACGUUGAGUUUGACCCAAGGUGGGUGACACGCCGAGAUGUCACCACCAAAAACCAGCGGCACGUCGUCUCGUGAUGGAGCCUGUUGGGAGAGGAGCAACUGCUGCAGGUGCUGCAAAAAAUUGAGCUGGAAAAAAAUGCUGAUGUGGGGAGCAUGGAGGGUCCCCAAGAGUGGAGGAGCCAAAGGAAAGGGACACUUUGACGUCACCUCCUUGCAUUUUGGCUCACUCAUGUCUGGCAUCUUCUCGGCUGCUUUUCCAAUGCUCGACAAGGCCAAACUGCAAUAAAAUUACCGGAGUAGUUUAUCUAAUUGGUUUAAGUUAAUUUCAAGGCAGUUGGGCACAAAGCGUUAAUUCAGCUGGGUGGCUGGAGCUGAGGAGAUGCGCUGGCACCGGAGUGGUGAAAUCGCACCAAGAUUUACAGUCUCACUGUAAAACCCCUCGGUCCUGGGGACACAAAGGGCUGGGUGGGGGGAGCCUGGUGGGUUUUUAAUAAAGGACGUGAAAAGUGAA